UUUUCAUUUAGUACGUUAUGUACCUAACAUUCUUCUUCUAUCCAUUAUUUAUUACAUAUCAUCACACUUCAAAGAUCCCAAGUCUUAAUUCGUUGCACAUUCAAAUAGUAAAUAGUAAACCCCUUUCAUUAGUUUCACCAUGUCGUCCGUAGGGCCUCAAUUACCACCGCACCUUUCCAAGCGCAAGCGUACUCCAGAAGAUGAAUCAGCAGACUCUCCUGCCGCAAAGCUACAAGCUACGGAACAAGCACAAACCAACCAGGACGAAAUAGAUCUCGACAGUAAUGAUGAUGAUGAUGAUGGCUAUGGUCCACCUACUCCUCAGCCAGCAGCGAAAGCAUCUAUAGGACCUACCUUACCGCCCCCAAACACAGAUGAGAUCAAAUUAGACGACAGCGACAACGAUGACAUCGGUCCAUCCGCCCCACCGCCACCCACGAAUACUCGACCAUCUAUAGGACCUACUCUUCCACCCAAAAACCAAGAUGAAAUCCAAUUAGACGACGAAAACAGCUCUUCCGACGACGAGGCCGGACCAGCACCACCUCCAGCCCCCCCAUCCGCAAAACGCGUCCACGGCCCCGCGCCUCCACCCGCCCCUCUCUCCGAGCGACCAACCACAUCCGCCAACUCAGACUCGGACGACGAUGACGACGAUGACUACGGCCCUGCCCUCCCAACGUCAAUCUCCCACAUCCAGCGACAAACCCAAGCCCGCGCCGCCGAAGAAGCCGCUCGCGCAGCCGAAGCAGCCGCCGGCCCCCAGCGCGACGACUGGAUGCUCGCGCCCCCAACCGCAAGCGGAUACCGCGCGCCAGACCCAACCAAGCUCAAAAACCGGCGUUUCGCAAGCGGUCCGCGAACGGCGUCCAGCGCCGCGCCCGGCAACGAAAUCAGCAGCAUAUGGACGGAGACUCCCGAGCAGAAGCGCAAGCGCCUCGAGAACGCCGUUCUCGGGCGCACAGACGACGCCGCGACGCAGACGCGGACCACGAGCAGCGGCCGCGGUGCGGGUGCGGGCAGCAGUACAGCCGCCGCAGACGCUCCGUUAUCGAAAGAAGCCCAAGAGCAGCAGGACCGCGUGCGCAGCUACACCGAGGCGACGCGCGGCCGCAGCCUAUACGAAGAACACCAGGCGUCGCGGCAAGGGCGCAAGCUACAGACCGAGGAGGAGGAAGACGAUCCGAGCAAGCGCGCCUUCGACCGCGAGAAGGACAUGAAGCUCGGCGGGCGCAUCGGCACCGCGCAGCGCCGGGAGUUGCUGAAUCGCGCUGCCGAUUUCGGCGGGAGGUUUGCGAAGGGGAAGUACCUCUAGGGGUCGUCUGGACAUGAUUAGGUACCUACCUACCUAGGUAUAGAGUAUGGAAUCUAGGGAAAUACCUGAAGUGAGAUGUGAAAGAGAUAGAGGGACGGAGAAUAGGACUAGAUUUUUAAGUCGAAUUAUGAAGAUACCCAUAUCCACAAACUAAGAGGGUCGAGACAACGAGAUUUUUCAUGUAUAGAAUUGCAUCUAAGCCAGCUUGUACUAUAAAAACUAUGAUACAACAAUACAGUCAAGGCCUAAUCUGCCACGAAGCAAUGUACGAA